UUUGUUUAUCUCUUGCGCUAUACAUCACUUGGACAAACCCCGCGCCAUGCAAACUGAGACUACGCCACAAUCACUAUCAAGCGACAACUCGCUCUUGGGUAGAGGCUGGACGCAAGUCGCGUCCUUUGACGAGCUGAACGAGGACGAGUACGAGGAGGAAGAAGAGUUGCUUGUUACAUUGGAUUUGGGAACUGCUGUCGACGCAAAGUCACUCCAGACAGAGUCGGGCUAUCAGAUCAUCGGAAUGGACACGUCUAGCCCAUUCCUGCGAUUGGGCAACCAGAUAUUCAAAGGCGAUAUUACUCCUCUCAUUGGUGACGAGAUUAUUUGUGGCCACGUCCGAAACCACGAAGAUAUACAUGCCCCUUCACAUCCUCCUGUCAUGAGCACGAAUAACAGAAUAACCUUUCAGCCCAUCACUCUCCACGCCAAAAACCGUGCUCCGGCCCACGCCCCCAGUGCCGAAGCGUCAACAUCAGACAAUGCAGUCGCCGGCCCUGGGCCAAGUACAGCUGCAGCCGCCGAAAGAGGAGCAGUGCCCGCCCCACCAAAGAGAAAAGGGCGACAUAGGAGAAUAAUUGAAAGACCAGAGGACCUGAAUACGUUUGACUUGGAGGCUAUGGGGAAGCAUCAAACUGUCGAGCUCGGACCGGCGGUGAUGGAACAGUUGGGUAUACCACCUGGAACCGAUGGCCGAGGGGCGAUAUUGAAGAAGAGAGACUUGGAGCGGGUACUGCUGGGCAUUCCUGAGAGCAACCGGGGUCGCAAGAAGAAGCAGCCUGUUCCCGAGCCCACGGGUAUAUGAUUUGCGGUGAUGUGCACAACGGCAAGCUGGUCAUGACGAGUGU